UUUGUCGUUUCACCGAACAUGUGGCUGCCGAUGAUCGCGAGCGUAUGGUAAAUGAUUCUUUCACAUGUGAGAUGUAAUACGCAUUCAAAGUAAUAACAAGUAAUAACACGUGAUUGUACAACAAUUGUCGAAAAGAGUAUUACGUGUACAUUACGUAAAAUGAAAACUGUUCCCACCAAUAUGUCUAUCGUAUCCUCAACAGUCAGUAGCGUGUCGUCUAUACUUAAAACCAGCGGAGUUAGAGAGCAGUUUAUUAAGCAGCCCGGCAAAAUAUAUUUUAAACUUCCGAAAGAUGUUAAAAAUAUAUUGUGUAAUUUUACAAAUGGCGAUGGGAUUAAAGAAUAUGAGAAGUUGAUAUAUUCGCUUAAAGAAGGUGCUGUAAAGGAUAAUGAUUUAGCAGAGUUUUUAACUGAGGCGAGGCAAUGUAUAUCCUUGUUAGAUCUUAGACACGAAUCAUUUGUUCAAGUACUUCUUCAAAUUGAAUGGACAACUAGAUCAUCAGAAGUGAUUUCCACUUAUAAACUCUUCUUACAAGAUUUAGUGUGUAUGCAAACACUUCAUAUAAAUAUCGUACUCAAUCGUCUAGUUGAAUUAUUCAAACCAGCGGAAGAUGUUAAUACUGAACGUGAAGUUGGACAGUUUAAAGAUGAGGAUAUAAAAAGGCUGAAUCACAUACAUGACAUACUGCAUAAAAUUUUGGAAGUAGUACCAAUGUCGAACAAAGUUUUACUACAAUCUCUUGUAUCACAAUUUCCAUAUAUUAUACAUGGCACUUAUAUACAUGAAGUUUAUAUUUAUGCAUUAUUACAAAUUCUAAAUUAUGCACCUCAGCUAAGAUCAAAUAUUUUAGUCUUCAUUAUUAACAGGCUAAUGAUGUUGGAUGUGAAUAUACCUCGUGAAGAAACUAGCAGUGAUAAGGAAGACGAUGUAAUGGAUGAUUGUAGCUAUAAUGAAAUAGCUGAUAAUGACAAUCUAACCAAAACAAACAUUAAUACAGACAAAAGAAAAACUGUUCAUCCAACUGCACGUACGCUGGACUCCUGCAUAGAAUUAUUUCUUAAAUAUAUGCAUAACUGUUGUUUCGUCAAUGACAUUCUACAAAUCGAAAACCUGAGGACACUAUAUUUUGAUAUUCUCUGCGCAUUUGAAGCAGCAAUAUUACCUACGCACGCCAGUCAGUACGUGCAGUACAUUAUGUUCUAUAUUUGUAGUUUUAGACCCGUGAUCGUGGACACGUUCACAAAUUGGUUAUGGCAUAAAGUAAUUGAUGUAAAUGUAGCACCAGUUCUACGGCAAACAGCUGUUUGCUAUAUUUCCAGCUUACAUGCUACUGCUUCAUUUGUCUCUCCUGGAUUCGUAAAACUAACAAUGUCUAAUUUGACGCAAUGGAUACACAAAUAUAUCAUUUCUCAAGAAAAUUCGGAAUACAUUAACGAUGAUGGAAAACCACACGCCGUGUUUUACUCUGUUUGUCAAGCGUUCUUUCACUUAUUUGUUGCGAGCUACAAGUAUUUUGUCGAAUCAAAAAAUGGGAUAUUAUUUCUUCAAAAUCUUGAUAUAUCGAAAAUUGUUACUUGUAAAUUAAAUCCCUUGAAGAUGUGUGAUAUCAAAAUUGUUCGCGAUUUCGCCGAUAUUACAAGCAUGUAUCAACUAGCCUACUGCUACGCCAUAAUUGAGAACAACGAGCGUAAUCAAUUACCUAUUUUUGGAAUGCAAACUCCUUUGCCUGUUGUGGUUCCUAACUUUUUUCCAUUCGAAUCUUACACAUUAGAGCAUAGUGGGCGAAGGAUAACUCCCUUAUUUCGUAAUAAUGUAACAAAUAUUGACAAAUUAGUUUAAAAAAGCGAAUAAAAAAUAUAUAACUUAUAUAUAUAUAAAUAAAUUAUAGUGCUGGAUUUUAAAUCAAAUUUGCAAAUAUUUUAUUCUUUCAAAUUCUUUUAGUAAUGUUUAAGUUGCACAGUGCAAUUUUUUAAAAUUUAUUGUAUUCUGAAAAAUUAUACACAGACAGUAUUAAAAUAAAACAUCUUUGAUGUUUAAUGCGUGUUAUUGCGUGGGAGUGGAAUAAGGACAGCGAAGAAUCUUGAGCGAAUCGAAUCUUAAGACAAACCAAGAGUCUUGGGUAAUUCGCUCCUUUCGUACUCGGUGUCUUGUUUGAUCUACCGAACUGCUCUGCUCAACACCGAGUGUCGCUCACUUUUCACAUCCGCGCUUAUCUCCUGUAACCUUCUCGAUCUCCUCCGUGACCGUAAACAUUUCUAUUCUCGCUUUCGCCGUUUUCCGAUCGCGUUAUUACACUACAUUAUAAUAUUUUUGAAUUAUUUUUUAUAAUUCGGUAACGAUUAUGUGGCUAUAUAAUCGCCACACAUCGUUUACAUGCUUUAAAAAAAUAGAAUACAUUUAUGUGUGUACACUUAAUUAACACUAUUAAUUUUAAAAAAUUAUUGAAUGUACGAAAAAUUAAUACUUCAGAAUAUUUAUUGAAAAGAUUAGAGUAUUUCAAUUAUUUUUUAUCCAGAUAUAUCUAUCUUAUAAUGAAUUCAGUAGACCUGGAUAAUAUCUUAUAUAAUACUAGAGUAUUUUACAGUAAUUAUACGAUCUUUAAGAUAAACUUGAUUGAUCAUACUAUAGUAUUAACUUGAUUCAGUGUUGAGAUGAAAUAGCACUGAACUAGUGUGAAAUUAAAACAGCAUAUGAUGAAAAAAAAACUGUUAAAUCAAGGAAUUGUGUAAUUAAAUAAACAAUUCUCUUGUUUAAAUUAAUCACUGAUUAAUUUAAUCAAAGUCAUUUUAAUUGCGUUUAGUUUUACCAUAGACAUAGCGAAAAAAUAAAUUCGGUAGAAUAAAUCGGAUAAAAAAAACCAAA